CUGCCCCGCCCACUAAGCUGAGGUCAAAUAUGAACAGAUACGAAUUUUUGUGUUGACAACUGGCCAAGCAACUCGCGUAAAUCAACAACAACACCUCAGCUGCGAGGAACAAAGUCGGCUUGAGUGCUCUGUGUGUGGGGCGGGGCCGAUGCUUGUCACCCUGAGGGACUCCUGGGGCUCCUCAAUCAUCUGCCUGUCUGUGCGUUUAUUGGCCGCGAGGCACAUUAGUUUCCGCUGAUAAUUGACAUUAAUUUCGCCAUUUGGCUUCGCGAUUAAGGGGCGCAUCUAAUCCCACGAUCGACGUCGCCCCAAAACAUCAACAAUAAAGUCGGCUUUUAUCUCAUAGGCAAAAUGGGCGUACGGCUGCUUUAUGAGCAGUAGACGCGAAAAUAAUCGUGAGAGUGCAUUCCGGCAAGUAUUUCAUUCACAAUCUAUUUGAUUAGUUAUGAAGCUAAAGUAAUUCUAUAUAGGUAGACGGUGGCGUGAGAAGCUCCUCCAUUAGACAGAACCUGACGACUGUCAGUGUGAUAGGUCCUUAGGAAUUCAUCAUGCUGACUCUAAUUCUCUUGGUUGGAUGCACGGCAUUACUUAUACGCAUAGGAUAUGUAUUGUACAAGAUUAACUGCUGUAGCCACAUGCCUCUUAUAGUUGCCAAGAAAACUGUGAAGACUCUAGUAGUCCUUGGCUCAGGUGGUCACACUGGAGAAAUGCUCAAGAUGAUUGCCAUGUUAGACCCAUUUUGCUACAGGCCAAGAGUUUAUGUUGUAGCUGCAACUGAUGCUAUCAGUUUCAAAAGACUUUCACAAACAGAAGAAAAACUCCAGGUGAAUGAUGAAGGAGAUGACCAGUUUGUGGUAGAGGUUGUGCCACGUACACGGGAGGUGGGGCAGUCAUGGGUCUCUACGGCGUACUCUGCAAUGUGGGCCCUCAUCUUUUGCAUCCUGGUGGUAGCCCGCCAUCGUCCAUCACUGAUCCUGACCAACGGGCCAGGGACGUGCGUACCAGUUUGCCUUUCAGCUCUGUUAUUUCGCAUCCUUGGCAUUUGCCAAACACGUGUCGUAUUUAUUGAAAGCCUCUGCCGUGUGCAAUCCCUCUCUCUAUCCGGACGCAUCUUGUACAGAAUAACAGAUGACUUCAUUGUUCAGUGGCCACAGUUGAAAACAAAAUAUCCUAGAUCAAAGUACAUGGGUCGCCUAGUGUGACAGAUCUCGAGCAAUCUCUGUAAUUUUAGUACUAAUAAAAUAUUUGUAUAAAA